AUGGCCCCAGUGUCCGGCGAGAGAGGCUGGUCUAUGCGCUGGCAGCUCAUGGAUGUGAGCUCUCCAGCAGUGCAGCAGCUCUCCUUAGACGUAGACUUGUCAUCUCUCCCUGCUCUCGUGCCGUGGGUGGUGCAAGUGCAGUUGCGUCAAGGGAUGGAGGUGCUCGCAGUGAAGGAGUACCUGGUUGAUGAGCAUGCGUUAUCUCACGGCUCAGGAUGCCUUGCAUUCGUCUACGAGGACGCGAGCCCUGGCACGUAUGUCUUCAUGGUCGUCCUGCACCGGAUGGGAGGCGACGAGGUGGAGGUUGUUGCCAUCGGGGAUCACAGUGUGCAGGUCGUGAAUGCGUCUGAGCCGGAGAUGCUUAUGGAGCAUGCGACCGUGCAGGAGAGCGAGAUGUCCAUCUCCAUCCGCCUGCGGGGGAUGACUGGGAACAACCUCCUGCUUGUCCUCCUUGUCACCGAGGUGAACUCGCUGGCGCAGUCCAGGGAGAUGCUGGUACUGCGCAUCAACAGCUCCGAGCAUGCGCAGGACGUGCGAGUCUCAGCUCCGGGAGGAAGCGAGUAUCUGAUAUUGGCGACGGUCUCGGAGCUCGAGAGCCAAGUCAACAGCUCCCUCACUCCCAUCCUCACAGUCCGUAAGUUCCUCAAGGUAUCGAGGUGCGACAGGAUCUGCGUGCUUGAGGACGAUUUCUCGCGCUCGCUGCGGCAACCAGCAGACAGCAGGAGCCCCGAAGCUGCUUCCUCCCCCCGUCCCGCCAGUGCAGAGACUCGCUUCCAGCCUCAUCCGGAGGAAGUGCUGUGCAACCUGAUGACGAGCCUCAGUCCUGAGCAUCUCGUGGCGGGGGCUCCAUUCAAGGUUUGGAUCAGAGCAGGAGGCCUGGUGGCUGGUGGCAGGUACAGGAUCCACGUGUCCUUCAGGCACAAAGAGACGCAGGUUGUCCUCUUCCACAAGGCGGUUGUCUUUGUUGCCGAUGGCUCGACAGGCUCGGGGAGAGAGGUGGAGUUCGAUGUCUCGUCCGCAUGGUCCGAGCAAGUGGUGAUGGUUUCGGUCUUGUACGACUUCUUUGCAGAGCGCGAGAGUGAGGAUACGUUGCUUGCGCAACUAUCGCGCAAAGUUGAAGCCCUGCAGCCCUGCAUGGUCUCAUACCUGUGGACCUCCGGGCAACCUCUCUUCCAGGGUCAGGUGCCGUACCAGCGAUCUCCUUUCUCCAUGUCAGUCAGGGUGACCAGGAGGCUGCCCGAAGAUGAGCUGGGCUUGACAUUGUCAACCGUCGCCACCCUUGACAGAGCUGUUGCGCUCAUCAAUUCUGCGGCGCAGUGGAAUGAGCACGUGGCGGUCGCCUUCUACGCCCGGAGCGUGUCAGAGCAGGAGCAGAUCAAGAAGAUAGUGCAGCAGACACUAGGGCCAUGGUUCACUGAGAGAAACAAGACGCUAGAAGCUGCUCUCCUGACGUCUUGCCCUGACAAGGACAAACCUGGUAUUCCCUUGGUGUUUCCGAUCAACAUGCUCAGAAAGAUCUCAUGUGCGAUAGCUCGCACGGACUUGGUCCUGUACGCGGACGUAGACAUGCUCGCGUCGGAUUGGCUGGCGUCCAACAUACGGCAGGCCUACCAGGACGGAAAGGUUGGGCCGACGGAGCUGCUGGUGAUCCCCUCCUUCAAGUCCUCCGAGGCCUGGCCCAUGGAAGCCGGCAUCUCCCUAGAGCAGCAGCGGAUGCGCGUCGAGCCCGUCUCGAUCUCCAUGGACGCUUUGCGGCUCAACUUCCAGAGGCGUCAGGUGUGGAUCCCCGGACUUGUGGGGGGCAUGUGGUCAACGGCUGGCAGAUGGCACGAAUCUGGUGUGUUCCAUGCGGGUACUGAGUACGACAGGUGGAUGGAGGCAGAGGAGACGUACCAGGUCAAGUACAUCCUUGGCUACGAGCCCUACGUGGUGGUCAACCGGACCGCCUGGCGGGGGAGCCACGGGGUCGGGCUGUACGACGAUCGCUUUGUGCAUUGGGGAUGGGACAAGGUUUCCUUCGGGUUGGAGGCUUGCAACCUGGGGUACACCUUCACGGUUCUCCCCAAGAGCUUCCUCGUCCAUGGGUCGUCGGGGAUCACCGGCGUUGAGCACUUUGUGUUUGACAAGCUCGACAUCGUUGUGCAUCCCCAGCAGGGGGUUGACACCAGCUGGGGACCCCCAGACACACACGGCCGGGAGCUGCUGCAAAGCCUCGUGUCAGACUACUACACAGACGUGCAGCCCCAUGUGCCAAUCCGCUCCUGCCUCAUCAGAGCGUUUAAGGACGACAAGUGCGACAGCAGCAGCAUCCACCUCGUCCAGAGCACGACGUUGGAGCUCGUGGGCAACGAGCACCUCAUCCAUCUUGACAUCUUCGGGCUUUCGAGAGCGACUGGAUACCAGGUGUCGGUGCGGGCAUACAGACACACCGACAAGGGCGAGGCUGAGGAGGACGGGAGCUUCUUCCUCUUGCUGCCCGACACUCUUGUUGACGACCCUCACGGGAUGUCGGUGUCAGUCGGGAGGCUCUCGCCGGGGCUUCACAGGGUACGAGUGGAGCUAAAGGAUCUGCAUGCGGCGAGGCUCCUGCAGGACAAGGCGAUCCUUGCGUGGGAUGAGCACAAGUACGAGGUACCCGACAGACACUGA